AUGAACACAACUCCAACGCGUUUAUACACGACAAAUUACGACGAAAUUUCUUCAUUAAAAACUUUUUCGCCUUUUUCGUCGUCGGAUGACAAUGGACACUCGCACCAAAUGUAUCCCCAGCACUACGGAAGUCAUUCGUCAGACGAUCCAAACUUGUACGACUCUUACGAGCUGCUGGAAUUGGGCGAAGACGAUAAUUACAGCAAAGAUAACUCAUUUUACGAAAAAAGUUCGUCGACGGCAUCUUCAACUCCGGUCAAAGCCUCGAACAAAGGAAAACGCGGAAAACAGAAAACAACGCAAAAACAGUCUCCGCCAUCGCCGAAUGUCAUGAAAAAACGAAGAUUGGCAGCGAAUGCUCGGGAACGACGACGAAUGAACGGCUUAAAUUUGGCUUUUAACAAAUUACGGGAAGUUGUGCCGACCCUGGGUGACGAUCAGAAAUUAUCCAAAUUCGAGACGCUUCAGAUGGCGCAAACGUAUAUCGGAGCGUUGUGUGACCUGUUGGAGAGAGGUGUCGAUGAGCAAGGAUAUUCUUUGUUUACGCACAAAAGUGACAUUAAUGAGAACCGAUAUUAG